AUGCCGGCCCCUCCUUCCCGCUCCGCCCACUCCCCCAAGCUCCUCCGCGGCCUCCGCGACUGCAUCGACUCCGACGUCGCCGCGAUCCUCCGCACCGCCCACUCCAUCAAGGCGCAGCUCGAAGCCCUCGACGACUCCAACGCCGCGAACCGUGCCCUCUCCCCGCGCUUCGCCGCGGGGAUCUCCGUCGACCGCACCAGGAUUUCGGUUACCCACGGGAUCAGGGCGAAGCUUCGCGACGCCAUGAUCGGGUUCCAGAAGCUCAGGAAGACGAUCCUCUCCGACCACAAGGAGACCCUGAAGCAAAACUACUACAACGCCACGGGAAAGCUCGCCUCCGACAAGGUGCUCGACGAAAUGCUCAAGUGGAGCGGCGACCCCAUGGAUCCGCGGUGGCCGUGGUCACCAUCAACCGCCCGGGCGCGCUCAACUCGCUCACGCGCCCCAUGA